GUCUACAAGGGAACAUAGCUUUGUUAGUAUCAGUAAAAGACCCUGAAACCCUGGAUGAUGCCAUCUCUGCCACUAAAAAAAUAGAAGCCAGAAGUUAUUAUGGAAAUAUCACUGUGCGAAAAAAAGGAAAAAGCAAUAAUGAUUGGGAAGCUGAAGCUAAUAAUCCAAAAAUGAGACUCCAGCCAGAAGAAGCCCCAGUUCCUCUUGAAAAAAAACUAGCCCAACCAAGUCACACUCUAAAAUGUGAGGUUGAAGCCAAUUAUGACAAUGUCAAUGAUGACUAUGAUCUUGAAAGGGAAGUCUUCGCAGGAGAAAGCCCCGCAACAUACCUGUUCCAUGUUGAAGAAUUGCUCACGACCCCUGUUGAACCUGAAACGAAAGACUUAGAAGAGAGAAUCAGCGAAAUGGACGUUAAAAAAGAUAUUUUUGCACAAAAUGUUGAAGAACUUGGAUGUACCAACCGAACUGACCAUGUAAUUGACACAGGUGAUGCUGCUCCCAUUAAACAAAAGACAUAUAGAGCUACCUGGUGUUCAAGAGUUCAUAAAGAAUGA